AUGCAAACUCUCAUCCUACUGUCUGUUUCGCUCGGCGUGGCCGCUUCCAGCUUGAGCCAGCUUAGCGAGACCAAUAACUUGAUUCCUCAAGAUGAGAACUGCGACAUCGCGUGUUACCCGGCGUAUUAUCACUGGAUGGGAAGGGGCUUCGAUAUCGACAGCGACACUUGGAUCUAUCAAGAUCACGUCCACCACCAAGUCGCUUCUGAACUCUGUAGUACUGUCCACUGCUAUGGCUGUCCCUUUUGCGCCCUCUCCCAACCUCUUGAUGAAAUGGCUGCCCUCCUUCAAGAGACUGUUGCCACUCGUCACAACGCAGAUGCAGAGGUCAGCUGUAUGGAUUGUCAGGACUACUUGCAGGCUUGCAGCAAUGGACUGAAUCCACGCGUCAACGAGACGCCUGAAUAUCGGCUCUCGGCAUGUGCAAGAGGCGAGUGUUAUGCCGAGCAGCCAUCCUGUCCUGCGCAUUCGGUGGAAGAACGAAACUAUAAAGGAGAGUUCGACUGCGAGUAUGACAUGUGUAUCAAUGGGCCUAUGCAUUGUCGGGAAGGUGGACAGUGUGAGCGGCGAAUGUGUACGGACCUGGCCCGUCGCAACAACGUCAGUGUAUUCCAAGAUCUAAGUGGCAUACACGAUACAGCGCGAAGGAAGGAUAUACACAGCUGCAAGGACUGCACAAAGCUCUGGAAGGAAUGUUUGCACAACAUGUGUGUGCCCCCAAACGUCGACUGUCUCGCCAGGGUCUGCACACGCGCCGACGCUCUCCCAUCUUUCGAAUGCAGUGCCCGUUGCUGGUCCGGAACGCCCACUCAUUGUCAGAUCGGUAACUCCUGCGCGCAUCCUGUCUUCGCCACCACCGGGAUUACCAUUCAAACCCAUCCAUUGACGCCCAUGGAAUGGCAAACCGCUCUAUUAGCGCGAGGCUGCAACCAGUUCCGUGACAUGUGCCUCGAGACGUGCGAUCUCCAGUAUGUCGUCGAAAGAUGCGAGAGGAAAUGUCGGAAAAAGUAUGAGAGAGGGUCUUCUAGGACCACAUGUACAAGUGGGUGUAAAGAGAGAACAUGCUACCAGUACUGCGGAGAGAAAACUUGCUGCGAAGGUCCGCAUCAGUGCCGAAAAGGUGCCGCGUUCUAUCGAUGUCAGAGGCUUGAUCCGAUGGACAAGACGGUUCUACGUGACAGAGAGUUGGAGUGCAAGGAGGACAAAUAG